GGGCCAGACCUAAAAGUAAACUGCUUGAAUCACACUCACACACACAAGACUGCAGAUACGGGUCUCGAAGACGAGCAAGUGCUCAGCUGGGCUCUGCUCAGCCCACAACACAUCUGGACUGGAACAUGAGAAGAGGACCGUCACACAUAAAACUCGCUAGAAACUUUCGAAGUUGUUUGGAACUGUGGGAAAACAGACCACUUCUUGAUUAGAAACGAAUCGAACGGGACCUUUAUUUAGUUAAAAAAAAUGCCGGAGCGAAUUAGCAUUCCUGAGUUCGUUAUUGUAACUAGCGAGGACAUCGCUUCACCGGUUACCUCAAGCUUCACCUCGAAAAUGACAAAGUGCAGGAACACUGUUGCUAGUUUGGAAGAGUCUUUGGAGGUGGACCAAGCGACCCUACAGAGGAUGAAGAAACUUGUCAAGGCCAUCCAUUCAUCAGGACUCUCUCACGUGGAGAGCAAAGAACAGUAUAUCGAGAUUCUGGAGAACCUGGGGAACAGCCAUCUGUCCCAGGACAACAACGAGGUGUCCACCGGCUUCCUCAACCUAGCGGUGUUCACCAGGGAGGUGGCGGCGCUCUUCAAGAACCUGAUCCAGAAUUUGAACAACAUUAUCUCAUUCCCUUUGGAUAAUCUGCUGAAGGGAGAGCUGAGAGAAGGGAGGCUGGAAUUAAAGAAACAGAUUGAAAAGAGCUGGAAGGAUUACGAUAUAAAAGUGACAAAGAUUGAGAAGGAGCGGCGGGAGAGGGCCAGGCAGCUCGGGGUCAUCAAGACAGAGUUCUCACCGGCAGAGAUCGCUGAGGACAUGGAGAAAGAGCGCAGGGCUUUCCAGCUGCACAUGACAGAGUAUCUUCUUAAAACUCAGGAGCUGAAGGUCAGACAGGGUCCUGAUCUGCUGCAGAGUCUCAUCAAAUUGUUUCACGCACAGCUAAAUUUUUUCCAGGAUGGUUUGAAAGCAGCUCAAAACCUCAGCCCAUUCGUGGAGAAGCUUGCAGCGUCCGUGCACACAGUGAGGCAGGAACAGGAUGAAGAGACAAAGCAACUCAUGCAGGUCCGGGAUUCCCUGCGAACCUUCCUGCCAGCGGAGCAAAAAGAGGAACACUUGAACAGAAAGAACUCUGGGAACGGGUACAGCAUUCAUCAGCCCCAGGGAAACAAGCAGUACGGCACAGAGAAAUCCGGCUUUCUCUUCAAGAAGAGCGUCGGAAUCAGAAAAGUAUGGCAGAAGAGGAAGUGUGGAGUCAAGUACGGCUGCCUGACGAUAUCACACAGCACUAUAAACAGACCCCCGGUGAAGCUGAACCUUCUCACCUGCCUGGUGAGGCCCAACCUCGAAGAAAAGAAGAGCUUCGACCUCAUUACACACAACAGAACCUACCAUUUCCAGGCAGAGGAUGAGCAAGAAUGUAUCAUCUGGGUGUCGGUUCUGCAGAACAGCAAAGAAGAAGCCUUGAACACUGCCUUCAAAGGGGAUCAGAGCCAGUACCAGGAUAAAAGGCUGCAGGAGCUCACCAGGGCCGUGAUCGCUGAGGUUAAACAGAUGCCCGGCAAUGAGGUGUGCUGUGACUGCGGUGCUCCUGAUCCAACAUGGCUGUCCACUAACCUGGGUAUUCUGACCUGUAUAGAGUGUUCUGGAAUUCACCGGGAGCUGGGUGUCCACUAUUCCAGGAUCCAGUCCCUCACACUGGACAGGCUCAGCACCUCGGAGUUACUGCUUGCUGUCAGCAUUGGCAAUACAAAAUUUAAUGAUAUAAUGGAGACAACCUUACCUAAUGAUGCCAUCAAACCCCUUCCCAACAGUGACAUGAAUGCCAGAAAGGAGUAUAUCGUUGCCAAAUAUGUGGACCGCAAAUACAUUCAGAAGAACAGCGAUGAAGAUAUGUGGCGUCUUCAUGAUACAAUAAGAAAUAGGGACAUCACUACACUGGUUCAGAUCUAUGUGGAGGGGGAAGACUUGGCAAAGCCAGUUGCCAUGCCAGAUGGACAGGAUCUUGGCGAGACGGCACUUCACUUGGCAGUGAGGCUGGCAGACAGGAGCUCUCUUGCACUAGUUGAAUUCCUUAUACAGAACAGUGCGAGUCUAGAGAAGAAGACGACUGAAGGCAACACAGCCCUGCAUUACAGCUGCCUGUACAGCAAGACGGAGUGUCUCAAGCUGCUGCUGAAGGGAAAGGCAGCCCUACAAACUGUUAAUGGAGCUGGCGAGACUGCAUUGGACAUAGGAAAACGUCUAAACCACACACAGUGUGCAGAGCUGCUGGAGCAGGCUCAGGUGGGGAAGCUCAACACUCAGAUCCACGUUGAGUACAUCUGGGAGACUCAGCAACAGGACGUGUAUGAUAGUGAGGAUGACCUAGACGAAAGGAUCAGUCCGCUACAGAGGUCUUUUAAGUCGCCACUCCCCAAGUCGCCCAGUCAGUGGAGCUCAGGGAACACUGGUGUGUCCAACAAGACUUAUGAGAACAUCGAGUUUCUUUACAAAGGCUCAUCCUCGUACUCCAGCCAUGUGGAAAACGUGGCCCCUCCACUGCCAGCCAAAAGCAUCCAACGAGGCUGCUCAGACCCCCAGAUCUCCUCCUCGGCUCCGGAAGGUCACCCCCAGCUCCGACGCGCCUCGAACCCGCUGUCCCGUCCAGCGCAUGAAGUGACAGCUGCUCGACCAUCUUCCAACCGGCACAGCCCCCCUCUGCUGGAGGCCUUGGUGUCCCGCUGGUCAUCGGCCCCCAAGUCCCCUCGCGAGAAGAGCUCACGCAUUCACCGGCAGAGCGUGUUCUGGGAUAACCAGUCCCAGUCUGAGUCCCGGAAGAGUGGGCUGGAGCAGGGACAGGCAACCCACAGCCAACAGGCUCACCUGGGGCCAGUCAGCUCUGAGAAGACCACAUCGUAUAGACGGUCUACCAGUAAUGGGGGGGUGGGGAAGACCCCGGUGACCUCCCCCAGCAUCCCAGGGAGCAUGGAGGAUCUGUACAACACCACCAUCGGACACCCUUCGGUAUCGCCGUCAGCCACAGCUCCAGUGCCACAACCAAGGAAGUCUGUGCUGCUGAAGCCAAAGCAGAAGAGGGUGAAAGCCCUGGUGGACUGUAAAGUGGAGAACGCUGAGGAACUGACAUUCUGCAAAGGGGAGGUGAUAGUUGUCACGGGAGUGGAGGAUUCGCACUGGUGGGUUGGUCAUAUUGAAGGAGACUCAACAAGAGUAGGAUCAUUCCCUGUCAACUAUGUGCACCUUAUACCAGAAUAGGACCUUCAACACAAACGCUGCAGAUCUCAAUCUCCACAAAACUUCAUCUGUAGCACAACCGAACCUGGGGAGAAACAAAGACUACGAAAUCUGUUUGGGCGUCUCACUUACCAGUUUAGUGUACGCAAACAACAUUUUUUUCUUUAUUGCUUGUAAAAUAUUGGCAAAUAUUGAAAUUUAUGUUUUGUCAUAUGUUUUUAUAUAUAAAUUACACUGUAUAUAAGCUUCUGUAUUAUUUCAACCACCAUUCUUCUUUAUUCUCACACAAAAAGGACUGUCUUAUGUACAGUACAAAAUACUGUAGUUUUAGUCUUACGUGCCUAUGCAAAAAAAAAAAGGGAUAUUUGCAAAUGAGCAAUCUUAAAAUACCUUUGCUUUCACAUAUACUGCAGAGCAGCUACAGGAUUGCUUAUAUCAGAUGCAUAACCCAGAAGAUUCUGACACUUCUCGGAAUGGAUUAUUGUAAUGAAAAACAUUGCAGUGCCAUGGACAGCUGGGGAAGGUAGCCUGUUGUCAGCUGAGUGGAGCAAAGUUACUAAAUACAGCAAGAUUUACAAUCUCAUUUCAAUUCUCCAUGCUGGACACAAGCCAAGGUUUGAGGUGCAGAGGCAGAGAGUAUGCCUCUAUCUGUUCCCUGCUGAACUUUGAAGAAGAUGAAACAACAUUCUGAGGAGGCGUGUACUAUUAUUCUAGGGACAGUGGCAGUGUGCAAGAUGAACCAAGUUGCAACAAGCUGCAACAUGGAAAGAAAAAACGUUGGAGCGCCUUAAAAAAAGUGCUACAUUCUUUAGCAAAAAAAGAAAGGGCUGCAUUAAUAAAUCAGACGAAUGCAAUGGAAUUUAUUCAAUUUUCUGGUGCGUUAAUGCCCAUAGUAUUUUUGUAACUCUUUCCAUUUCAGUCACCGCGAUCCUUCCUGAUCUUGGGAUUUCCAUUACUAGCCCAUUACAUUAAACAAUAUUUUGUAAAACUUGAUUGUAUUUUUUGCUGGUCACUUUCCAUUUUUCAGGGUUCCGGGAUGCUAGUAAAUUGCUAACCCUCUCCUGGUAGAAGGUAUUCUCUCAAAGCAUUUCGUUAUAUGCACUUCAAUCAGUCUCGCAGGCAUGGGGGUGUCUGCUAACAAACUGCUAGAUUGUUCUGUCAGCCAGAAUCCCUUACAGAUUGCACUAAUGAACACUGUCGGUCACAGUCUCAAACCUGCAACUGAAUAGUCAUCAUUUGAUGUGCUCCUUUCAAGGCAGGGUUGAAGCACAUUAUCUGGGCAGUGUUUUUUAAGUAUCUUUGGAGACCAAUAUUGUGAACCAGUACAGUAUGGGACAUAUUCACAAAAUAUUAGUUAUGCAUUUAUUAGUAUGCUGAAGCUAUAUGAAUGUAGACAGUUUUAAAAAAUUGGGUAUUUGUAACAGUCUCCCUGCUCUUGUCCUAAUUUUUUGUAAAUGUUAUUCUUAUAAAGAUAUUGUAUAUCUUUAUUGUAUAUCUGUAGGGCAGCAGUGUGGAGUAGUGGUUAGGGCUCUGGACUCUUGACCGGAGGGUUGUGGGUUCAAUCCCCAGUGGGGGACACUGCUGUUGUACCCUUGAGCAAGGUACUUUACCUAGAUUGCUCCAGUAAAAACCCAACUGUAUAAAUGGGUAAUUGUAUGUACAAAUAAUGUGAUAUCUGUAUAAUGUGAAAUAAUGUAUAAUGUGAUAACUUGUAACAAUUGUAAGUCGCC